AUGUGCGCCCACCCGACUCCUGUGGGAAUUUUCCCUCAAAAACCAACCGUCCACGCAAUGGACUUCAACUUAUCAGAGAAAGAGCUGUCCCUGGCUAUAUACGCCCUGCUUCAACUUAGAGAAAGGGAUGCUCACCUUCUUGCCCUGCGCCUUCAACAUGCUGUUGCAACAGACCUGGAACUUGAUCAAGAUGAAGGUGAAUCUUAUGAUCCUAGUGGAGAACAGGAAUUCCAAACCCAUCACUAUCACUGUCUCACUCGCAGCAUCGCCCACAGAUCACGCCAUCACCCUUAUGUGGAGGGAGAGAAUUUGGAUGAAGGCCAGGAGGUUGGAGCUGGAAUAGCUGAGCCGAGAUCUAAACCCAAGAGGAAAUGCAAAUGUAAUGGUGCAGCCCUACAAGCAGCCGUCAACUGGGAAAUUGGUGAGAAUAUGGCCAAGACUUCCAAUGCUUCCUGUGAGGCCAUCAUAUCUGCCUUAGCAGUCGCCCAUCCACAAGUCCUGCAGCAAGACAUAGACACCUGGAUCGCUAGCUUGGCGACUGGAGCCACACACAUCACUUUCCUUUCAGUGGUGAGUCAAAUCCAACUUGCUGUCAAGUGCCAGAGAGUCCCCACCCUGCGCACUUUCGUCGAAUGGAACACAUUUGGCAGCAAGUUUGCACUCCUUGCAGGGGGAGGGACGCUCUAUAUAUUGCUCAUCAUCGCAGGGCUGGAUCUUCGCUGGAGUGUGGCGAAAGCACAUGGGAGAGUGCUCUGGGAAGUUGCCAAACUGCUGAGGGCGCCGGAUGAUAGCUUGAUUCUGAUGCAUUCUUCCAAUCUAUCAAAUUCAACAACUAUGUACUACCCUCAAGAUCCCCAUCAUGGGAGAACCACGUCUUUAUGGACGUCCAGAGCUCUUCUUCAUCUCCCUAGGUGGUCCUGGAACUCGGAAAUCGGUACAGUUGACCCAAAUUUGGGUGGUCGGAACUUGGCGUCUCGUAGGGCAACACAAGCUUCACACCCCGGAUUCCAAAUUUUGCAAGACAACCUGUGCACCAUCAAAGGCCAUGUCAGGAGAUCACCUGCUGCUCUGGGAACUUGGUAA